UACAAAAUUACGCGAUACAGUUUUUCUUUAAAGUAUUUUGUUUUCUUUUUCGCAUUAUUUAAUGACAACAGCUAAUAACUUGAUACAAAUGUUGGAUAUUGAUACUACAUGGAAAGCACACAUAAUGUCGAUAUCGAUAUAUUGACGACACAAGCGCCAUCUUUCAGUCGCCGUGGCAGUCUUAUUCCAUUAGCAAGUCGGUUCGGAACGCAGAGCGCGAAUAUUCUACAAAAAAUCUCAUAUUUUAUUCAUUAAAAGUGCAUAAUAAAUGCGAAUUUUUGUCAAGAGCAUCGAUUGAAUGUGACAAGUGAUUACAGGAAUAUAUUAUUUACCGCGAGUGGUCGCAAUUAAUAGCGUUUCGUUGAUCGCUACAUGUAGUUUGAUUACGGUCUCGACGACAACAACUUUUAACAACUACAAAUAUACUAUGUGCGUGUUUAUAUUUAACGAUCUCCGCGUGAUUGCUGAGACAGUCAUUGUUUAUUUCGUUCGCUCUAGGCAUACGUCGCCGAAUGUAUAAAAUAAUAAUUUUAUGCAUGGAUGCAUUGCGACACAAGAUGUUUUUUAUUUCGUGUUUAUGUUUUAUGUAUCUCGGUAUGACAAAUUCGCGAAGUCAUUAUUGCUUGAUGUGAAAUGUGUGGUGUAAAGUGAAGUGUAGAGAUCGAUUUUCGUUCGAAGACAAUACAUGCAACUAACAAGUGUGGAUUUUCAAUAUUCAUCGAUUCUUCGAUGGAGGUGACGCGGAGUAAGCUAAAACGGAAUUUGCAACGGAUGAAGCAAAUUAUAGUUGAAGUCGAGGAGCGCUCCGGCGGGAAGGCGCGCGGCGGUAAACUAGCGCGUCGUGCGCGCUCCUUCAAGGAGGACUUUCUGGAAAAGCUCUCCCACAUGCGGUCUCCUGGUAGCGGCAGCGGUGGCGGCGGAGGCAGCGGGGCGGCCACGAGGGCCGCCUCGCCCUCGUCACCGCGUACGCCGCGAGACAAGAGCGCACCGGGCUGCAACGACUCCGGCACCGCUGUGGAUAAGAAUCCCUUACGCGAUCUGCACAUUCACGUACGGCAGGUGCAGCUGGCACUGCUCCACUUCCGGGAUGUCGUGUCCAAGAAGAAACUCGAGAUGCUGCCCGGCAACGGCACGAUCGUCCUCGAUACCGUUACCACGAUACACAACGCGUUGAAAUCCUAUUUGCUCUAUGAUAACAGCUCCACGUUGGGAUCCGCCACGAAUCAAGUAUACCAAGCACUAGCGCAGUUGCUGAAACUCUGCGACGAUGUAUUAUUGCACGGUGAUCAGUCCUCCGCUUUGGACACCGAAAACGUGACGCACGUUAUUGGGUUGGUGGAGGAAGCGGUGAAAAAUUUAGUAGCCCUGGCGCACGAGAAGAUCGCUAAUAAGCAGAAACCAGCGUCUGCGGCAAAUAGUAACAGAACUUCUGGUUAUGGAUCGGAACUAACGCAAAGAAACUCUCUGCCGGACAUACCGUUGACGCCAAGAGAACGGCAGAUCUUGGAGCAAACAGCGGCGAGCAGUAGUCUGGUUCGCAGCUCGCAUAGUUCGGAGUCGAUUUUACGGGAUUCUAGUCCACCCCCGAAACCCCCGCUACCCGACAGAACAAAUGUGUGUUUGUCGGAGGAAAACAGCUCGUCUGGCACACCUCCUCCGUUACCGCCGAAGAGAAGAACGAGGACCCAGCAGCUCCUCGACGAGUCGGAGGGUCUUCUGGCAUCUAGUCUUGAUAGAGUAUCCCUUCGAAGUCGAUCCCCGGAGGACUCGUCGUCGCUUCUGAGCGCGUCCGCCGGUAGUUUGGAUUCGGCUCUGAAUCAUUCCCGAGAUGAGGACGAGAUUCGAGCUAUAAUGGGACCAAAUGACGAGUCUUUGAAUGACAGUAUGGACCUAAGUCUCAUGGCUACUAUUCAAGGCAUGCAAGUUAAUGGUACUUCAAACUGUAAUUGCUGGGAUGGGUCUGAAACUAGUAUACCAAGUACUAUGUUGCUAGGCCAACAAACGCCUCAAGAAAUGCUUAGUCCAUUCACUGGCAUAGAAGGGAAGAUGGAGCGAUUGUCUACUCAAACACAGGAAUCAGGCUUUGUUUCGAUGCACUCGCAGCGAAGUUCAUCCCAAAGUUACACCGCGUCCAGCAUGACGUCCAAGAGAUCGUCGCAGCAGAGCAGCAUUAGUUAUAAUUCUCAAUCGUUUAGUGCGCAACAACAGUCGUUCUCUCAGACCAAAUCAUCCUCGGAUAGUAACGGCUCUAUUUUUACACAGAAGACCAUGACUAGUUCCAAAAGUACUGUUAGCACGACUAAUGUAUCUGGAAACGGAGACCCAGCUUUAUUGGAGAAACUGGUAAAUGAAAUGGAAUCGGUAGCUACGUCCGAUUCUAACGGAGUGCCUCCGGCGUUGCCGGAGAAGCGAUCCAAAAGAAGGAAAGAACGUCAGCCAUCGCAGUACGAUAAUGUACCAGAAAAUGAGCAUUUAUCCACGUGCAGUUUGCACACCAGCAACGGAGACAGUCCGGAUGCCAGCAAGCCGCCUCCUCUGCCUCUGAAAAAACGUCACAUGUUCCAAUCAGUGGCAUAUUCUGUCAUGGCGUACAUGGAGAUGUUUGGAAACUGCUCCCACAGUAAUAACGAUUUCAUCUCCGGUCUCGGUACUCGGCAUUCUGUAGCAGCCUACAACUCGAUGCAAGCAGAAUGGCAGCAACAUGAGAUGUCUCUUACCACAACACAAUCAUGUUCCUUUAUGGCGCACACCGUGACUGAAUUACGUGACAGCUCAAGCCUUUCUAUGACUCCAGCACCGACUUUAGUAUCGGUAGAUGCAACAAAUAAUUCUAGUCUGCCGCCGGCGUUACCACCAAAGAGAUCUCGUUCCAUCAAAUCAAACUCUACACCUCCGCCGAUAUCGCCGAAACCUACGAUCAGUAUGCAAAGUAUUAAUAACUCGGAUCCCCUCGUGACAUCAACGCCCCUGAAGCCAGACGAGCCAGCUCACGUGCAAGAGAAGAAAGACGUUACACCUUCCACUCCAGUGAAAUCGAAUAAUAAUAUUAUCUUGGACGCAGCAUUGCCGUCGUCCAGGCCGGCUAGUAAUGCGCUUUCUUCCAUAUCAGUUGACGAAAACACUCUUGAACUGAGGGACGUCGAUCAAGACGACAGUAUUUUAGACGAAUUAGACAUUAGCAAAUACUUGGUAUUGAAGAAAGCGGAAGAGGAAGGGCCGGAUAUACGCGGUGGACAUCCCGAUGCAUUACUAAUCCAUGCGACGAAAGCGAACAAACACGAUGAGAAAGAAUCAGACUUUCUAUAUCAAGAGGCGUUCUUAACGACGUACAGAACCUUUAUACAGCCGUUAGAACUAAUUCGAAAGCUACACAGACGCCAUCAACGUUUUUCGUGUUCUCCAGAUGUCGUCAAGCAAAGAGCCGCGCGCGAAGCGUUUUCCUUAUUAGUUAGAGUCGUCAGUGAUUUAACAAUAUCCGAUCUCGACGACGUUCUUCUGCAAACUCUAAUGGAAUUUGUGCAGCAAUUGGUGUGCAGCGGGGAUCUCACGAUGGCCAAAGCGUUGCGAGUUAAGAUUUUAGAGAAGCACAGUCUCAAGCAGCUGCAAGCGGCACAGCCGAUUCUCUCGUCUUUAAGUGUAACAACGAAGCAGGCAUCUCUGUUGGACUUCAAAAGCGAACAGAUCGCGGAACAAAUGACACUGCUCGAUGCCGAUUUGUUCAUGAAAAUAGAAAUUCCAGAAGUGCUGAUCUGGGCGCAGGAGCAGAACGAGGAGAGAAGUCCGAAUCUUACGAGAUUCACUGAGCAUUUCAACAAAAUGUCGUACUGGGCACGAUCUAGGAUACUAGAACAUCGAUUAGAAAAUGAGGCGAAAGACAGGGAGAAAUACGUUGUAAAGUUCAUCAAAAUAAUGAAACACCUUAGGAAGAUUAACAAUUUCAAUAGCUAUCUCGCAUUGUUGUCUGCACUGGACAGUGCACCCAUUAGGAGACUCGAGUGGCAGAAGCAUAUUACGGAAGGUCUCAAGGAGUAUUGCGCCCUCAUCGACAGCUCUAGCAGUUUCCGAGCCUAUAGACAAGCUCUAGCAGAUACACAACCACCAUGUAUUCCUUAUAUCGGACUUGUUUUACAAGAUCUUACGUUUGUGCAUAUUGGAAAUAGCGAUUUAUUACCAGAUGGCACUAUAAACUUCUCAAAGAGAUGGCAACAAUAUAACAUUGUUGAAAAUAUGAAAAGAUUUAAGAAAGGCACGUACUCUUUCAAGAAACACGAACGCAUCAUAACAUUUUUCAACAACUUUAGUGAUUUCCUCUGUGAGGAGGCGAUGUGGCAGAUUUCCGAAAGUAUCAAGCCACGUGGCGGCAAGAAGACGCAGUCGCAAAACUAGAAUAUACCUAACCCUUUCACUGCCUGCGUCUCGAAAUCGAAAGGCUGAAACACACACACACACACACACACACACACAUACACACACACAGUGAAUUAGGAGAUUUAUAUUUAGGUAUAUACUUUUUUGCGGAGAAAUUCUACAACGCUCUAAGAGCGGUGAAAGGGUUAGCGAGUCUAUCCCUUUUCGACAACCUCUGUGAGGUUGUGUCUUACUGUAUUAUUAAACUUUACGGAAAUUUUAGUAUUGGAAACGUAUGAAUUCAGUAUUUAGUAGGCUCAGUAUAACAUACUGCACUAUUUAACUUAAAGUAAUUAUACGUUUGUAAAAAUUCGCAUCAAUUCGAGAUCGAAACGCCAAAAGCUCGGAUUCAUUGAAGAACGCUAGGUAAAAACCAAUAUCUAUCCCAGUGCAUUUUUAAUAGUCUUUCCGUUUUGUUACAAGCCGAUAUGAAGUAUUUGCUAUGAAGAUAUGCAACUUAUACUUAACUUACAAACUGUAACAAUGUUUAUCCUAAUAUUAAUGAGAGAAACCCCGAUCUUCAACUGUUCUAGAUACAUUUAAGAAACGACUUAUUUAUUUGUCUUUGCUAGCGAAUUGUAUAAAGUAGUACGUGUUUUUCUUUUUAAUUUAUUUAAAUGUAUGUAAACGUCCAUUUCUAGCUUUAUGUAGGUAAGCGAAUUUUCGAGCGUCAACAGAACACUGUUGAUUACACAAGGAUGAACACCAAUUACGUUGAUUAAUGUAGGGCCAUUGUAGUCUCGUGUUUAGCGCUCUGGCGCGCAUAUCUCGGGACACAUGGUACGACUGAGCGCAACUGUUACAUAUACUAUUGUAUAUGAUGAUAGGAAAAAAAAAAAACAUUUUUGUUGGCAACUUGUUAUUAGAUAUCAAAGCUUUCAACUUUAACUCACAUCACUACCUAACGAUUAUGGGGUAAGAUAAAUAUGUAAUUAAAAUUUUUAUCCAAAUUUAAUUUAACUCCAUAAUUUAUCAGUUUUCGAAGCGAUUUUUUCAACUAAAAACUUGAAAUAUUCUCCUAAACUUGAACACUAAUUUUCAUAAUACAUUCCACGGGACAAGCAAUUGGAUUAAUUUUGCCACGAUUGAAAGUGGAUAUAUCUUGUAUUUUUUUUUCUAACACUCAAUGACACCACUUUUAGAUAUAAUCCACAAUGGAAGAUGUUGCCAUAUAAUAAUAAAUAUAGCAGUUUGCGUGCCUCUUCUUCAAGAAUGAAUCAAGUGAAUGAAUCCGCCUGUCAAUCUCUUUUUUAGUUUAUUAUUUGGGUAAUAAUGCUUCACCCGUGUAAUAAUAACCGGUAAAUAUAUAUAUAUAUAUGAAUGAUUCAUCGAUUCUCAAACUUCAUCUUGGAUACGUGUAACAUCAAGAUUUGUAAUAUUUAGUGAUAUAACAGCAACAGAAAAGGCCUAAGCAUUUAGUUGACAACUGACAUCGUUCUAGUACAAAACACGGGUAAUAGCAAUCCAGAGAAAUUAAUUGCCAGGAUAGAUACGCAAAAUUUUAAAAAGUAGUUGAAAAGCUGCCAUAUACGUAUAAAAGUUAGUGUCAAUAGUUUGAAUUCUACCGAGCGAACUCCCACAAACUUAGAUAGAAAGAUCUGCAUAAAUCCCUUCAUCCUCGACAUUCAUGACACUCGCUUGUGACAUUGUGCGGAAAAGAAAUUCUUAAAAAUUAAUGUGAUAUAAUUGGCUAAUGAAUACGCAAUAUGAAUGAAAUUGUACAUAACGUUGCGUUUGUUUAUGCCACUUAUUUAUGAUACGAAAUCAUUGUAGAAUCUUGCGGGAAAACAGCUAGCUUACGCACAUUAUAUGUGACAAGUAUGCAGCAACAAUAGCGCACAUAUUGCUACUUUGUCGUCAGUAUUCAGUUCAUUACCGGUGCAUGAGUGAAUGCGUGUGCGUGUUUUAUGUUUUCGCCCACUCUAGCUAAUGUCGAAAUGAUUUUUCUCAAUAUAGCAUUAAGCAGAGAUCUAUUAACGCUGUAAAUAAUUUACUUGUAUACAUAAUUUCAUGAAUUUAUAUCGCGUGUAUCUACCAUUGUAUCGAUAAUUGUAAAUGUACAGUAUAUUGCAUCAGGCUAGUAAUUUUUUUUAAGUUUAUUGAAUCAUUGUGAUGCCAUCUUAGGUUCGCAUACAGCGCAUGCAUAAUUUUUUUUAUACUAUAUUUUAAUUUAAUUUUUGCAUUAAAUGAGAAGCGAUCGUAUAAUCGACUUGUGUCUUAUCUACUUUUUCAAUUUCUAUCAUAUUGUUUCUCGAGGCAGCUGUUAUACAUAUUUUUGCAUAUAGGCUUCUAAUGACAUCUUUAUCUUCCAAUGUUGAUAAACAACCGUUUAUAUUUUGUACAAUAUUUUUUAGAAAUUCUGUUAAUAGUUGAAAGACCUUCCCGAGAGACAAUUGUACGGAUCGGCACUGUAUCAUAAUUUCUAUAAUUGCAUGAAGAUUCUGUUAGACUAUUGGCAGAAUUUCCUUUUUACAUAUUACGAACGAAUAUAUAAGUAAAUAAUCUUAAGUACUAUAUUACCAAAAUACGAGUGAGAUGAUCCAUUGAAUGUGCAACGAAGAAGUUAGACUCGAUCUACUAAUUAGAUAGGCAAUUAAGCUGCUUUGCAAGUAGGAAAUUGAGUUGCUAAGAAGACGAAACACAAUUACCGCAACUGCUUUCUUCUUACGCUCGAUACUUGACUAAUAAACUAGAGAGUAACAUAGUUAGGCGGUAACGUAGCUGUAUUUUCUUUUUUCUAUCAUUUGCUGAAUGUCUUAGCUUCAAAAUGACAGUCUGAAUGAAAUGGACUCUAAAGCAAUUGCUGUUAACGUUAAAAAAAAAAAAAAAUUACAAUUAAACACGUGAUAUAUAUAUUACAUAUAUAUCGUGUAAUUUUACCGCAUACUCGGAUUUUAAGGCGAGGUUUAUUUGCACGUUCGGAGGUCGAUCGUACAAUAUUUAUUACACUGUAUAUAUGCAUAUGUUGGUAAUCUAGUCUAACAACGGAACGAACUAUGUUGUCAAUAUUUAAAAUGUAUACCUCGGCACACACACAUCUAAGCGUUUUAAGGUCUAAAGGCAAAACUAGUUUCUACAUCAGAGACGGACUUGUAUCAAAAUUAUUUGUCCCACACAUGGGCUUCCUCGCUCGGUCAUACAUGCAUCUCGGCCGAAAAACUCAAUAAAAUUGAAUCAAAUAACUCUCGCCGAAAAUGGAUUAACGUUCUUCUGCGUGUACUGUUAAAAUAGGAAGUGGCAAUUCAAGUCCGCGCAAAUCGACGCAAAGGUGCACUGCGGGAAAGGAUGUGAGACCGAUCGUCUCGCAAGGAACCUUCCCGCUGCUGUAUCGCUGCGUCAGUUUGGGCCGUCUUUUAUUAGUAGCAAAUACCGAUAAGUACCAAAACAAGUAAUAAUCGCUAUCGAUGUGUUACCAAUUCUUUGUCAAAAGAUAUAUGUAUGUAACUUUGCACUCACAUAGAUCUCACGGUAAGUAUUAGAAAGUAUCACACAUAAAAAAAACUGCGUAUCGACGCUUCAUUGAUUUAUGUUCCAUCAGAAUAUUUAUUACUACAGCAACAAAGAUGACAUAUCCACGGAACACUACUUGUAGGGCAGUAAAUUAGAAAAAAAAAAAAUAGAAAAAAAGAUAGAAAGUGAAUAAGAAAUGUAUUAAAGUACCGUAUUUAAAGUAAUUUUAAUGAUCCAGAAAUUGAUUUAGUUUUACUUGCGCUGCGUAAUCACACAGAUGAGUCGACUAUUUCAGACGAAUAAUAAUCAAAAAAUAUUGUAAUAUAAAUUUUACAUUGCAUAUAGUGCAGAAAAAAAAAUACAAAAUCCGUACAUUUUAAAUAAUAGAAGAUUGUUGACUACGUUGGAGACUAAUUAAAAAUAUAGAAUUAGUUGCAAUUUUUGAAGUGAAUAAUUUUUUGAAAUAUGCAUACAACUCACCAUGAAAGGUACAGAUCUGAAUUUACUGUGUAAUAUUCUGAUGUCCAUGAUAAACAUCUAGUCAAUAAUAAACAGUUCAGUCUGGCGUAAAAGCAAAAAGAAGAAAGUAUUACAGAAUAAUAACUGAUAACCAAUAUUUGGAAACGCUCAUAUUUUGAAUAAGCAAUAUCUGCAUUUAAUAAGAAAUUCCUUCGGGCUCAUAUCAUUUUUAAGUACAGCUACUUUGUGCAAUUGCCACGCGACGAUAAAGGUAUAAACUUUGGAAUUUAUUAAUGUGUACCACGUAUUUGCGACAUGUAAGAUGUGAAAUCCAAGUUAUAGCAGAUUCUCUCAAUUAUUUUCUGAUUGACAGCAUUGCAUCUUUAUACUCGUGAUAUACGUAUUCAAUUAUAUCUGUCGAAAUGUAUUUUACUGUUAGACGUCAAAAAGAAGGCGGGUGCAGGCAAAAUGGAAUACUACUUAGUAUUUGCGGAAUAUAUGUGUCUCAUUCUACAAGACUAUCAAACAUUAUGAGAUGUGUAAUCACUGAAAAUAACGGAAGCGGACAAUUGAUUAAGCAUAUCAUUUGUAAGUACGUGAUAUUACUAAGUGUUGUAUUCGACGUCCUUAACUACGCUAUAACGAUAAUUGUGACGGAUUUUAAUCGACACAUGAAAUAUAUCAUGCUCACGCGUUUCAUUGUACAAUUUAUUCCGUAGCCCAUCGUCAUAUUUUUCUAAUCUGUAUUUUCAUUAUGGUCGUGUAUACUACAACGUACGUCAUGAUACAAUGGAUACAAUUUGUAUGAAGAUCUUUCGAUGUCAAUGCAAUUAAUGUUCAACCAACACUAAUGAGUAUUAUCGACAUCAUUUUUCUCUUUCUCUUUUUAUGUUCUGAAUACAUAUUGAAGAUUUGUAUGCAUACAAAUUUUGGAUCAAAUGUUAUUGCUUUUUUUGUAAUGAAUGUACGAAGAAGUGAAAUAAAAAUGUGUUAGUCGA